AAUAAUUUGCAACCAGGAACAACCUGGCAGGAUCGCCAAAUGUGUGGCCUAAUUCCGCCGGACGAGCUAUCCGUUGAUUUGAUCGAUUGUGUGCUGUCUUGUCGAGCGUCCAACUCCGGGCGUGCCCGACGAGGGAAGAGGCCAAGUCAUGGCCUGCUAUUCACUAGUCAACGUUGGCAACCGAACCGUUAUACGGAUGAUAUUUACAUGUCUGUCAUCAAUGCACGCUCAGAGUGGAUUGCCCAAUUUCUAUUAAAUCUCACCCUCACAAUAAGUAUAUCCAGGGAUUAAGUUUCGACUUCGAUGUUCAGGUGUAUCGAUCGUUCAAGCCGAAUGCUACGUUCGUGUGGAAACUUCCUCAUCUUAAUGAACGGUCGGAAAUCCAGUUGUCAAAUACAAUUGUUCAUUUGGAAGAUGAUAUCGUUUAUCGCGUAAGAGCUGAUAAAUGCAAACAGGCAGCUGCAGUUUUCGGCGGAAUAGCAUCGUGGACCGUGCAAAAAGUUAAGGAGUUUAGCCAGUUGGCUACAGCGACAUCGCAAAGUACUUUCUACUCUGGCUCGCGGGUGCAACGUGGUGCCCGGAACGUUCCCAUACCACCUAUAUUCAGUAACUGAUAUUGUAGAACUCGUCUUUACGAAAUAUCAAAAUUUCUUUUAAAAUGGGUGUACAGAAUAAAAGAUGAUGAUGAGGAUCCUAGCAGUUCUAAGCAAGAUGACUUGGACGGACUUAAAAUGUUAAUCGGUGAUGGUCAUGAAAUCGAGGAAGUUUUGCAUAUUGAAACCCAACAACUGAAUUCGAGGCAAGGCAAGAUUGACAAUUUCUGGAAAGCUGCUGAAAUCGUUAUCGCCGAAAAGGAUCUAUCGGUUGCUCAAGAAAGACAACACGGUACAACUAGCUGGAUUUCACCGCUGUGCGUUUCCUUGCGUGAUCUGAUGGACAUAUGCGAAGAAAAUUUGAAUCAGCUUUACCCAGGAUGUCCGAACAACAACGUACCCUCAGCUGAGUAUUUUCGUCUACAAUUUACACCCAGAAACCCACGUAAUCGUACCGCUGAAAGGUACUACAGUAGGUUUGAUAUCAAAUAUGGAUUGCAAGUGCGUACACUACGUAAAGCACAUCCCGAUCAACAUUAUGGGGCAAAGCAAUUCCAGUACAUGAAAAUGAUGGCAAGUUUAAUCUAUUAGACAUUUAACGCUUGCUUUGACGAUUUGUAUCAUGAUUGAAAUUUUCAUUACAGGUCGUUUUCAUACUUCCAGUCUAGUUUUCUUCCUGGAUGACAAAGCAGCAAUUCCGGUGGGAUUUGAAGGCGCUCCAGUCAGCGCUACAAGAAGACAACGUUCAGUUCUUAAAGCAGGCUUGGAUAAUCGAGGAUUGAACGCUUUAGAUCACGACAACAUACCGCAGCAUCUAACCCCUUCGAUAUCAAUUAAACUGAUUCCUCCUACGGAUUUAUCUAAUGCUUGGUAUGCAGGACAACCGUUCAUAAUUCUCAAAGACGCUAUAUUCGAACACUCCACUGCAUUUAGACACGUUGCUGAACUUCUCACUCGUUAUUCGGAAGAUGACCUUGAUCGACCAAUGUUGUUUAUCGGAUCAGAUGGAGGACCUGAUCAUAACCUGACUUCCAUCAUGGUUAUGCUGAGUUACAUUACUAUAUUUUUCGAACUCGACUUGGAUUUUUUGUAUGCAGUGCGCACGCCUCCAAAUUUUUCGUUUAUUAAUCCAGCAGAACGAUUCAUGGCAACAGCUAACAUAGCAUUGAUUGGAGUUUCGUUGUCUAGAAAUCAUCUGGGUGAAAAUGAAAAAUUUGUGAAAAAUUUAAUGUCUAAAAAACAAUGGCGGGAGGCUCACGAGAAAAACCCUAACAACGAUUAUCCUCGCUUGGCCCUAGAAGGAACAGAAGAUGCCCGAAGGCUACUUAAAUCAAGAUUUGAGUCACUGCGCUACAAAGGAGAAAAGGUGAUCGUAUCUUAUGCUGCAAACGAAGCAGAGAUAAAUACGAUAGAAGCAAAUAUUACAGACCAAUGGCCUGAGAUUAAUUUGAGCAAAAUUUCGAAAGCUGAAGCAAUGAACGUACCAUCAUUUAAAGAAUUCUUUGACAAACAUGUUAAAGCGACAUCCUAUACCUUCCAAGUGAAGAAAUCUAAUGAUACAAAUUGCAAAUUUCACAAGGCAAAGAGGAUGGAUCAAACCAUCAACAUCCCUUGGCUACCGACGCCUCAACUCAAAGGAGAAAAAUAUGAUGAAUUCGAUGAAGUAUAUGGUACUGAACCGAAUGACGAUUGUCAACCACGUAAAAUUAAGGCAAUGCAUACACAAGAAGAGAGGUUGACUCAUCCUUCAUUUGCAUUAGCUUCCACCAGAGCGCGCAUCAUAAUUACAUGCACUGAAUGCAAAUUUCCGCGUCUAUUGUAUUCUCAAUACAGUAUGACUAUAGAUAGUGGAAUAUAUAGAUGAGCGAAGAUAAAUCCUCUGUCUUCAAACGAACUGUCAAACGUGUCUCCAAACGAGCAUGACGUCACGAUUUCAAUGGAAAUGUUAAGGGCUGUGACGUCAUAUGCGCGUGUGCACGGUCAAAAAAAUCGACUCAGCCAUGCUUUCGCUCAUCUAUAGAUUCUACUAUCUAUAAGUAUGACCAAGCAGCAACUAAUGGAAACAGAACGCUUUUUUGAUAAAAACUUAUAUAUUUGCGGUGUUCCACUUGAAGGUUUACCAGACGUUUUUCGAAAUCCUAAAAUCAAAUGCUUUGAUCCAAUUCAUCUUCAUUAUUUCCAAUGUUCGUCUCUGAAAGGAUUCAAAAACUUAUGCGUGAAGUGCCUCGUAAGUAACCCGUCCGUGACACACAACAAACUCAAUAUUUGUGGCUCAUGUUACGCAUCAGUGUUGAAAAACGUAAAUUCGA